CCCCAUAUUAUCGGAUAAGUCGGUUAGGCCGUAUUGAAAUUGCAACACAAAAUUCAUAAAUUCAAUUUGAUUUUUCUCGUUCCGAGAGAACAAAAAAUUUCAGUUAAAAUGACUAUAAAAAGUUUACGAUUUUCGAUUAGAGCUAAUGUCGUGUAAAUCAAUACUAAAAACGAGAAGAAAGCGAAACAGAAGGAAAAAAAACACAGAUACGGGGGCGGCGCAAUAACAACAACAAUAACAGGAAAUUUGUUGCUUUGUUGUGUGGGUUGUUGUAGUUAGUUGACAACGAAAGCAAAAAAAUUGUUGUAUACAGCGGCAAAAAUAAAAGUGACCUGGGUGCUCUCUGGUGGAGAUUAGAAAAUGUGCCGCCUGGAUAUACACCGCUUCUGUGGGGAAUGGCGUCUAUGGAUACGUCCAUUGUUAAUUCUUACAUAUGUGAUUUUUGCAAUUAUUGUUGUGCCUCUGCUUAUUGUGAACUCUGUGAAGGAUGGCUUUCAACGUAAAGAUCAAUUGAUAUUGAUUGGCGGGCUGUUUGUGCUUGCCGCUGUGCCCAUAUCCAUUUGGCACAUCAUUCAACACGUCAUCCAUUUCACAAGGCCUAUACUGCAAAAGCAUAUAAUACGUAUACUAUGGAUGGUUCCGAUUUAUGCUACGAAUGCGUGGAUUGGUUUGUUUUUUCCCAAACACUCAAUCUAUGCGGAUUCGUUGCGUGAAUGCUAUGAAGCCUAUGUGAUAUAUAAUUUUAUGGUAUAUCUGUUAAAUUAUCUCAAUUUGAAUAUGGAUUUGGAGGCAACAAUGGAAUUCAGGCCACAGGUGCCACAUUUCUUUCCCCUGUGCUGUCUCCGUCCGUGGAUAAUGGGUCGGGAAUUUAUUCAUAACUGCAAGCAUGGCAUUUUGCAAUAUACGGUGGUUCGACCCAUAACCACCUUUAUAUCCGUCAUUUGUGAGCUAUGCGGAGUCUAUGGUGAGGGUGAAUUUGCUGGAAAUGUUGCAUUCCCUUACAUUAUUGUCAUCAAUAAUAUUUCACAAUUUGUGGCCAUGUAUUGCCUGGUUCUGUUCUAUCGUGCCAAUCGUGACGAUCUGCGGCCCAUGAAGCCUUUUCCCAAAUUUCUUUGCAUCAAGGCUGUUGUGUUCUUCUCCUUUUUCCAAGGCGUAAUACUCAAUAUGCUGGUCUACUAUGGCAUUAUCAAGGAUAUCUUUGGUAGCGAGGUGGUUAAUGCCGAUUUGGCAUCCAUACUUCAGAACUUUCUCAUUUGCAUUGAGAUGUUUAUAGCUGCUGUGGCACAUAUCUACAGUUUUCCCCAUCAUCCGUUUCACAUUAAUUCACCACAGUAUUGGAACAAUACCAAUCAUAGCUGGUGGGGCGCCUUUUUAUCAAUGAUGGACAUCUCUGAUAUGCAAGAGGAUGUCACCGAGCAUUUGGGUGUUGUCAGUAGCUCAAUAACUCGCCGAUUUCAGGGACGUAACACCUAUCAGCCACUGGCCAGAGGACCUCGACGCUCGAGUAGUGAAUCGGAGUACUUAAUUAGAAACCGACAGGAUCAGCUGAUGCAAAGCGGUGGUGGUAGCACAUCGACACAGUCUUCAGGUAACAUGUAUGGGGCUACAUCGAAUCGUUUGAUUGUGCCCGUCAAUGUUGGCAAGCUGAGCACUCUCACCGAAUCCCAUCAACAACAAAUUCAUGAUUCACCAACUCAAUCUCAAUUUCGCUUUCCCUUAGCAGCAGGCGCCGAAUCUUCUGGGGCUGGUGAUAGCCAUAGCCAUAGCAACAACUACCAACAACAACAAUUGCACUUACCCAUCGCGACUUCGCCACUAUCGACGUCACGUCAACGUGAUAUACAUCUCCGAGAGCGGGAGCGGGAACGGGAAAGAGACAGGGGCAAUCAGCCACAGAAUUUCUUGAGAAUGCCACCAGCAGUAGGGGCUACCUCAGCGGCAGCACCAAUACCCGAGUCCAAUGAUGACUAUGCUCUGCUAUUGGGUGCUGGAGCGGGUAGAUGACAACGUUACCAUUAUCAUAAUCAACAUCAGCACACGAUUGAUGAUGCUUUCGAGGAUGUUGUAGAUGUAGAGAUUAGUCAGAGUGCCUCGCUAUCUGUUUCAUUUGGGGUAUCGAGUAGUUUAAAGUUUAGCGCCACGUGCAGCAAUCAAACUGCAUCCGAGUGGUCAAACUCAACGGGCGAUGAAGAAGAUGAGGACGAAAACGACGAGAAUGGCGACGAUAAUGAUGAUGAUAAUGAACAGCAACCGAUUUUAGUUGUGGCCUCCACCACACGUCGUCGUCGUGACAGAGAAUACAUCACCUAGACGAACGCAAAUAAGUCAUAUGCAUAUUAUUUUCCUUGUUUCUUCAAUUUAAUAUUUAUACAUAUUUA